AUGAAUGAGAACGAAGAAAUAUAUGGAAUUAUCUCUUCUCAUUUUCCAAACGAAACAAUAGAAAAUAUUCGAUCACCAUCAAAAUUAGGUUGUGACAAUAUUAUUUAUUUAGUCCAAUUUCGUUCGAAUACCAUCGUUGUUUUUCGUAGACCAUUAAAACUUGAUUCAUCAAAAACUUCAUCUGAAUUUAAAUUGAAUUCGAAUGACAAUUCAAUGCCUUAUUUUCCUAUGCAUCGACUUGCACAUCAAGCAUGGGUACUUGAAUUACUAAAACAUCAACAAUUUUCACCAAAACUUUUAGCAUUAAAUCCUCAACAGAAUUAUUUAAUCGAGAGUUAUAUAUCAGGUCAAGAUUUAAAUGAAUCCUCACCUGAAAUAUGUAAAGAAUUAGGUGAAUUUCUACGUGUGUUACAUUCAAACGAAAUGAAACAGUUCGGCUAUAUGAGUGAACAACCGGGUGUGGGUGUUUAUUUAUCAUGGUUGAAAAUGUUUGAAACAGACUUUAAUAAUCUAAAUGAAAAUCAGAAGCAAUUGAAAGAAAUUUAUUUAUCUAUGAUACCUUAUUUAACUGAAUUUAACAAUCCAGUUCUUGUUCAUGGUGAUUUUGCUUCAGAAAAUAUUCGUAUUCUCAAUGGACAUUUAAAUGGUGUGAUCGAUUAUGCUGAUUGUCUUUGUGGCGAUGGUCUAUACGAUAUCGGACGAUUUUUGUUGUUUGUGAAAGCAGAAUGGAAAUAUGUUGAUGCAAUUGCACAGGGUUAUAAAUUGUCGAGUAGUGAGAAAUCGUGGACAAAAAUUGAAAAACAAUGUAUUCGAUUUUAUGCAUGUUAUUUUGCUCUGUGGUUGGAACCAGAUGAUGAAAUUAUGGAAAAAUUAUUAAUGCCAAUUCCUGAUUGA